GACACGAGUAGUUACGGAGGCAGUAAUCUUCGAUUCAAUGCUCUGCACUCGACUAAUCACAGGAACGUCGAAAGUGCACACAUUGUUUACGCCCAUUUCACAGUUCAGAAGUUGUGACAACAUUCAAGUUGCUGGUGCCCGACUUGCCAAGUGUUCUAGCUACGCCAUGUCCCUCAAGUCACACUCCAAAGGGUCUCCCUACCCUAGCCUGUCUCCAGGGACGCUGAGGAUCUACAGCAUGAGAUUCUGUCCAUAUGCCCAGAGGACCCGUCUAGUGCUGGAGCACAAGAAGAUACCGUACGAGACAAUUAACGUGGACUUGAAGAAAAAGCCAGACUGGUUUCUGGAGCGAAAUCCCAUCGGCCUGGUGCCGGUGCUGGAGAAGGGUGACCAGGUGGUGUACGAGUCGCUAGUCUGUGAUGACUACCUGGACCAAGUCUACCCAGACAUUCCUCUCUACCCUCAGGAUCCCUACCAGAGGGCAAGGGAUAGGAUUCUGUCAGACACCUCCUCACAGGUUGUAACUAGCUUUUACAAGUUACUGUCGUCAGGAGGCAGCGAUGAGGCAGGGGAGAAUUACUUCAAAAGUUUAAGACGUUAUGAAGCUGCCCUUGGAGAGCGAGGCGAGUUCUUUGGAGGUGCCACCCCGUGCAUGGUGGACUUCACUCUGUGGCCAUGGUUUGAAAGAGAUGGAGUCGUGGAGAAAGUGGCGCCAAAGUAUGCCAUCACUGAAAACAACUUCCCAAACCUCGCAGCCUGGCAAAAGAGAAUGUAUGAACUUCCAGCAGUCAAGGCCACCAUGUUUGAUGCAGAGUCACAUUUGAGAUUCUAUGCGUCCUUCAAAGCAGGUGCCCCAGACUACGACUUUGGUUUAUGACUAGGUCAGGCAAAACUCUGAACGUUGACUGAACCCAAGGCUGCUUUUGUUUUAGUGCAUGGUUUUUUGAAAUUUUCUCUAUGGUCAGGUGUCAGUUAGUGAUAUCAGAGAAGAAAUAACUGCCUAAUCUGUCCCAUGCAAAGCAGGAUAAAUUGGUUAUUUGUAAAACAGAAUUGUAGGGGGUUGUGAUUUUAUCUUUUAUCACAAGUAGAGCAAUCAGGGACGUAAAUUCAUUUUAGAAUCUUUAUUAUUUUACUUUCUGUUUGUUGCAUAUUAAUGAUCAAAUUACAAAUAUUUCAUCUUACUCAGAUUUUUAUUACAUGUCAAGAAUGAACAAAUGACAGAAUGAUAUGUAGAAACAAAAUGGAAGCAUAUUUUGAGCAGGAAAUUACGAUUAAGGCAAAAAGGAUCUUACCUCAUUUGUCAAGGUAGUAAUAUUUUAAUAUUUCCUUGAAUAAUGUUGAUAUGAGCAUUUCUGGUAAACACAGAAAUAAACAUUCGUCAUAGGACAGUAUACUCUUAUAUUCUCCCAUGAGUGGAUAUGUAAAAUUCACACACACAGAAGACAAUAUACAGUAUAUAUCCCAGUAAUUCACUGGUGUCAACUUAGCCUUCACCAAGGGGCCAAUGUAUGCAAGUGCUGAGGCUGCAUAUACCAAGAUAGUAUUCACUGUGAUUUGUUUUAGUAUUUGAAUUGUAACUUGUACUCUGCGUGAUUGAAAGUUGUUGCACUGUUUACCUACCCCUCUACCUUAUUGCAUAUGUACUACUCAGAAAACAGUAUGGAUUGUCUGACUUAUUCAUAUGACUAGUUGGUCAUUACUGGUAGGUAUUACAACAAUCAGCCGUCCAGUAGUGGGUGCUCUUUAACUUGUUUGAGUAGUAUAUAUUCAUUAUUACAUUCAAAAUUAGAACAUAAUGUAUUAUGGAUGAAAAGAAUUGAAUAGCUUCUGUUAAACAGGCAGGGACAGUUAUGAAGCAUCCAUAGUUUGAUCGUCGCCACUAUUUGUCAGUCUAUAUACAAUUACGUCAUACUUCUGGAUUGCUAGAAUUUAUCCACACAAGAAACAUUAGGGGAACUAAAGCCGGCAUUUAGUUUAUUCAAAUCAAAGUAGCUUAUUGAUAUUUAUUUAGAAAAUGUGACUAUAAUGUUUCUUCAUAAGUUAUACAAUGUUAUGCCAUAUUUGGCUACAGAAAUUUGUAUGUAAUAAUAUUGGGAGAAUUAAUGUUCUCUUUGAAUUACAAAAAUAUACAAAUUAUAUAUACUGCCUGUAUUCUUUAUAAUUUUCAUUAAUUAUUCCAUUUAUAUCUGAAAUCUAUUAUAAUUGGGGAUUGUAUUCAUCAACAAUACACAUUGUUUGACUUUCAUGUUUGCAUUACUACUAACUGAUGUUUGUAGCUGUAUUAUCCAAGUGCCAUAAUUGCGUUGAUAAUCAUUAAUGUUUUAUCUGAAUUACUGUGUAGCUAGGUUGUUAUAUAAAAUCCUCCAGUUAGUUAUUGUUUGACCGAAAGUAAUGACCAAUUCUUCAGCAGCUUACUUGUAAUUGUUUCGUUACCCAGUAUUUGUGAUGUAUAUCAUAUUCCCCUCAUAGCUGGACCCUUGUAAACAUUAUGCUUAUAUGUGCCAUAUGAUAGAUGCAAGACAUAGUACAUGUUUACAGCUUACCAGUGCUGCAUAUUCUCAGAGAAUAUUUAAAAGAUUAGAAACAUGUUUCUAAUGUGUAGUUGAAUUUCUGCUUCUUCUUGUUGCUGUAUUUAUACAGAAGUUGAUACAAUGACAAAUAGUUUUGAGACAUAUGAUUACUAUGGGUACAGAUUGUGAUUGUAAGGCCUUGACUUGUCAGCAAGAAUAAAGUUAUCACAGUUAAAA